AAACAUAAAUAAAACCGAAAAGAAAAAUUAAAGCAACAAUUUGGAACAACAAAGAGUGAAAAUAUUUCCACAUAAAAUCCGUUCAAUCGUCGUGAAAACAGUUCCGAUUGGGCCAAAAAUGAUCGCGUAGCGCCUAAACUAGUCGCUGAGUGUCGGAUUCCGUUGGAAUUUCCGGGAAUUAUCGCCGUGAGUGUUUUUCAGCUGCUGGUUAGUUUGAAUGCGAUUGCAGUGUUUCUCGAGAGUAUCGAUUUUUCCUUCGCGUUCCUCCAGGCGUUUGUGUGUGUGGGAAACUGAUGAAGCAAUAAUCCUGGCCUAUUAUCUGGAACUUCCGCGGAAGCAGCUGGUAACCAAAAUCUGCUCCAGUUCGGUGGGGUGUAGAGUGCAUGGCAGUGAAACGGUGGCCCAAUUGUUUGUAAUAUGCUCAAGUUCAGUGUGUAGAAAAUUAAAGACCAGCUCGGAGGAGGAAAACUUUCAACUGCAUGAGGCGCAGUUCCUGUAAGCGGAUUCCGCCUGGUAAGGAUCUAAAGUCUGGGCGCAAAGCUGAAACUGCGGUCCUGCUGAUGCGUCUAAACAUAGUACCGGCCGUAUUCAUUCGGUUGCACCUCCUAGGUGAUAGUAGUGGUUGAACGUGCGUCACUAGCAUCUAUAGGGAGUUGUAGUUGCUGCUGCUGCUGCUGCUGCGGCAUAGAAACUGAUAGUUGGAUUUGCAUUCUGGAUCGAACCUGUGGGAGGCGAAACAGGUCCGCUGCUCAUUCGUCAUUCUUAGUUCGUCAGAGCAACAGCUGCAAUUGAGAACUGCGCCUAGUUAAAGGGCUACGUGAGGUGAUAACAGCCAAUCGUUUGUAAAAGCCACGCGAUACCAUUCGGCCGGACCGGAGUGUGUUUGUUUCGAUUUCGUGUUCCAUUCAAAACCCGAACGGUUCCAUGAAGCUGCUGAAGCUUCUACGCGGCGGUCGUAAUUCGAAAUGGUCGUAGAAUAUCUGGCUAGUCUGUGAACAGCGCCGUGGUCAGAGUGAUUGCGUUGACAAUCGUCAGGGAAGAGACGACAACUAGUGGAGGCGGAGGUGAAAGAAUAAAACGUGAUUUCUUCCCGAAGCCGGCGAUAUGGGGGGAUCAGUGAGUCAAGUGUUUCGGUCCGGAAGCGCACUGCUGUCCAAUCGGGAUGGCCACAAAGUGUCCGAGACAACGGUUGAUAAAGUGAACACAAUUUUCGAUGCACUCAGGGCAAACCCAAAGAUUUCUAUUCAGCGGUUGGAACCGCUAUUGCUGCAAAUACCGAAGUACGAGAAUAUCCUAGCAAUACACGACGAGACAGGCUACAACCUACUUCAGAAGAGCGUGGGGUUAAAUCAUAUAGAACUGGCCAGAUGGUUGCUUCAGAGACACCGCCCAGAUGUUAAUAGGAGCUCCUGCUCGUUGCCUCUUCACAUUGCAUGCCUAAAAGGUUAUGAAGAAUGUGUUGAACUUCUGCUGAAACAUGGAGCAAGGAUUGAUACGGAAGCUAGAAUGUGCUUCCCCGGUGCGCAUUCUCAUAAUUGUGAAGAAAGUGGAAAAUACAAAAAUCAAGGGGACGACGUGGGCGUCUGUGAGCGGCCUAACACAAAGCUUCAGAAUGCAGUUUGCUACGCCAUCGACGGGGACCAGAUAAAUGUGCUCAACAUCCUCGCCCAGAAGAUGGAGGAACCCUGGAUGCCAUUCCGGGUGCGGAAACCGUUGUUGCACAUCGCGUGCGAACGGGGUGCCUGGAAGUGCGUCCAACAUUUAGUUCAAACCCGAUCCGACGAGAUCAACCUCAUCAAGGACGAGUACUACCCAAUCCAUCAGGCUGUGCUGCAUGACGGACGGUUCCUGGAAUUGCUCAUCCAGCAUGGUGCCAUUACGACAGUGCGAACGUGCACCCAGCAGAUGACGCUGCUGCAUGUUGUUAUCCUAGCGGCGAGGAAAUCUGCAGAAGAUACCCUCACCACUAUCCGAAUACUGCUGGAACGUGGCUGUAAAGAACUAAUCAACAGUCCAGAUUCGCUGGGCAAUACUCCACUGCAUGCAAUCAUUGUACGCUAUGCGCUAGAGGAAGCUAGGUACGGCUAUGACAAGUGGAACAAGUGGGAUGUGCUACAUUUGGUGCGCUUUCUGCUGCAGAACGGUGCCAAGAGCUCAAUCAACCAGGCCGGUAACAGUGCGCUGGCUUGCGUCUUUCGCCAUAUUAGAGACUGGGAAGUGUGCUAUGAACUGCUGAAUAUGCUGAUCAAGGAAGGAGGAGAUCCGAACAUCGUUGGACGAGAUGGCUCCGUUCCGAUUAUGGUGUGCUUGGUGCCACUGAUCAAUAAGGACCCGCUUCACCAUUUCACCCAUUCGAUGAAGGUGUGCUAUCUAAACUGCAUUCGAAUACUGCUGCAGAAUGGUGCCAACCCGAACUGUUCGUACCGCUCGAAUCUGACGCCGCUACAUGUGCUGAUUUUUACUGUGUCGGAAAAUUUUACCCUCAACUGUGAUACGCAGAAGCGCGCCAAUUUUGACUUCAUUAAAAAUAUACUGAUACUACUGCUGCAAUACGGGCUGGAUUGUAAUAUCACGACCCAGCACAUUUUGCAGUCAGUGGUCGAUAUGAUCGCCAAUGUACGUACCUGCCCGGACAUACUGUGCGUCUACGAGCUACUUCUGGUGCUGAUUCAGUAUGGAACGGAUCCAAACAUUACCCUGAGCAAUAAGCUGAUAAUGAGCGGUAGCAGUAGUUCGUCGAUGAAUUACGUCAAUGAUUUCAUAAACUUCGGUGGCAUGAGAGCUGUCGGAGGAAGUGAUGGAGCCGGUCCAAGCGGGAGUGGAGCAGCAGGACCAGCCACAGCUAACGUGGCUGGAGCUGCAAGUAAUGGUAGCGGAAGUGACAAUCUACGUAGCUCAUUUCGAAAUAAUGCACGUAACUAUUUACUGUUCUAUUACAUUAUGCUCAUCACUCGGAAGGAGUUUAUCCUGCUCGAUCGCGAGCAAACCUAUCAACGUAUUAUCUACCUAUUUUACUAUUCAAUGAAGCACGAUACGCUAUUCAACUGCCUCAAAUCGCUGCACAAUCUGUUUAUAGCGCAGGUUCCGAACAAAUCUAUCGAUAACCUGAGGCACCUGAUAAUCACACUCUAUAAGAAACCUCGUAGUCUAAAACAGCUCUGUCGGGUGUGUAUAUUCAAUAGCUUAGACAAGAAACUGGCACCGAGCAUAAAUAGGCUCAAUUUGCCGCUGCCCCUAAAAGAGUACGUACUAAACUUCGAAGGGUAGACGAACUGUAUUGACCCUUAAAUCGCUGUACACACCCCGUAAUCUCUCUCUAUGAAUAUAAGUGUCCACGUUUUCAGUGUUAGAUAUUGUGUAAAUAAGAAAUCAAUCCGAUCAGAAGCUAAAUAAAGAAAAACAAUCACUACCAGAUGCUAAAACAGGAUAACACAGAAAAAAUAACAGUCACUUA